UUAUGGUGGCCUUGCAAGAGAGUGGUUCUACUUAUUAUCAAAGGAAAUGUUUAAUCCAUAUUAUGGUUUGUUUGAGUAUUCAGCUAUGGAUAAUUAUACAUUACAAAUAAAUAAUGGCAGUGGGCUUUGCAAUGAAGAACAUUUGAGCUACUUUAAAUUUAUUGGUCGUAUUGCUGGUAUGGCAGUAUAUCAUGGCAAAUUGCUUGAUGCAUUCUUCAUACGUCCGUUUUAUAAAAUGAUGUUACAAAAGUCAAUUGAUCUUAAAGAUAUGGAAUCUGUUGAUACAGAAUAUUAUAAUUCACUUAUGUGGAUAAAGGAAAACGAUCCACGUAUUUUGGAAUUAACAUUUUGUGUUGAUGAGGAUACGUUUGGGCAGAAAAGUCAACACGAGCUAAAACCUGGUGGUGCAAACAUUGAUGUAACGAAUGAAAACAAAGAUGAAUACAUUAAACUUGUUAUCGAAUGGCGCUUUGUAGCGCGCGUUAAAGAACAAAUGUCCGCAUUCUUAGAUGGUUUUGGGUCCGUUAUACCCUUGAAUUUAAUAAAAAUUUUUGACGAGCAUGAGUUGGAAUUAUUAAUGUGUGGUAUACAAAAUAUAGAUGUUAAAGAUUGGCGUGAGAAUACGCUUUAUAAGGGCGAUUACCAUAUGAAUCAUAUUAUCAUACAGUGGUUCUGGCGUGCGGUGUUAUCCUUCUCUAAUGAAAUGCGUUCACGUUUAUUACAAUUUGUAACAGGAACAUCACGUGUACCCAUGAAUGGUUUUAAAGAGUUAUAUGGGUCAAAUGGUCCACAAAUGUUUACAAUUGAAAAAUGGGGAACACCAAAUAAUUAUCCCAGAGCACAUACAUGUUUCAAUCGCUUGGAUUUACCACCUUAUGAAGGUUAUGUGCAGCUUAAAGAUAAAUUAAUUAAGGCUAUCGAGGGUAGUCAAGGCUUUGCUGGAGUUGAUUAAUAGCUUCAGUCGUGUGUACGUUGGCGUGGGUGAUGGCUGCUUCAGCUGCACCAACACGACGAACACCAUUGGGAUGUUUUCUACUGAAAUGCAGCACACCCACACCCACACCCAACGACAUUUACAAC